AUGCGACUUUCGAUCGAAUCACGCAAUCGAUGGACCAUUGAAAUAGUAUCGAGUAAACACGAUAAGCUCGACAGAAAGAGUGCCCACACAUUCGUUUCGAACACCUCAAUCAAAGACAACGCCGAUCGAUCUGAAGACACGUCUCUCUCGUUCUCAAGGGACACGACAAAUUCUUUUAGAACUUUUGACACGAGCGUACAUCGCUACGCACAGCUUCCCCGUCGAAAAAGCAUCCACGGACAAAUCGGUCGCUUUUUCCUCCGUAUCUCCAGAAUGUACUCAGACACCCAAUAUGAUGCGUAUGCUUACCAGUACGGACACGGAGCAUCCGAACUACCCGCAGGAGGACCACCAAUUGAAGGCUCUACUUCCUUUCAGGAGAUGCCUGGGUCAUUCCCUCCUGACGGAAUCUUCGAGCUCGAGGAUGUGCAAAGGCAGGAUAUACAGUGCUGUUCCAAAAGUACGCGGUUCGCUCAAAUGGCUCCAUAUCAUCUUCAAGAUUAUUUCACGUCGAAUCAAAACGCAACAAUGCGCAAGCCGGCCCCUAUACCGGUCACGAACUUGCCACAACUUCCGCGUCUGGAAGUCCCAAAAUCACAGCACUGUGUACCGAGAUUGAUGUCGGAUCUUUGCUCGGUGACACCAUCACCAAUUUCUCCCAUUACACCGGUGCUAAACACAAACGGCGUUCCAAAUCAAAAUCAAGACUCGCAGAAGUUUCUGGACACGAUAUCGCCUUGCACGAACCCCAAGCAAGCACACAUCUUUGCUCAUUAUGGAUCUUGGGAACAAUACACACAGCAUCCUCCGGCAACGCCUUCAACCAUCAGUUCUUAUGGCCCCUCAAACAGCACAACACCACUGUCAGCUCACCCAUCGUCUGGUCAUUCUUCUUUUCAUGCAUGGACGCAGGCACAAGAUGGCCAACUACCGCCGACAUACUCGCAGGACUACUUGCCUGUGAGCUACGACCAAAGCAUGGCUAAUGUAAUGACUGCUGGGACUAGUUCAUGGAAAAGCACAGGGAACUCGCACUCGCAUCUUCACGACCACUCGUUUCUAGUAGCUCUAAAGCAAGAACCACAACGAAACGCAGCUAUGGACUCCAGACAGUAUGGCUCUUUUUCGUACACUCCGAACCAUGACGAGACACGAAGUCAACUAUCCACAACCCACUUACAACCCAUGGUCCCGCAGCCUCGUCACGCAUAUAAUGAUGCGCCACCAGACUACAGCCCAGUAGUCCCUGACCAUCAACUCUGUCAAAAUUUACCAAAACGGUUCCCACCAGCGCCUUGCCAGCGUUGCGAAAAAGUCUUUACGGGCAAAUUCGGGCCUGGUAAUCUAAAAAGGCAUGUUCGACAAACGCAUGAAUCAAUGUUCGAGAAAGUGAUCCAUGUGUGCAAGACAUGCCUCAAGACGUACAAUCGUGCCGACGCGUUGCGAAAGCACAGCUGGAAGAAGCAUCGUCAAGAGGACGCGAGGCCGAACAAGAGGAGAAAGUAG